AUGGAUUAUGAUACUCUUUUUGCCAUUCUUCCAAAAGAACCAAAAAAAUGGUCAAGGGAGGAUGUUUCUUUAUGGCUCAAUUUUGUUGGAUUGCAAUCAUUAUAAACAAUUUUCAGUAUAAAUAUUUGUUUAUACAUGAAGCAAAUAAUUCCAUUGAUGGAUCAUGUUUAGAAUUAAUUGAAGAAAAUGAUCUUAUUGAUGAUCUUGGAAUCAACAGUAAGAUAGUUAGAAAAAAGUUAAUGCAUUGUAAAAACUAUUUCUAAAAAAAGGGCUUAAAAUUGGAUUAAAAGAAUAUACUUUACAUCUUAAAUCAGUUAUCCUAGAAGAUAAACGAUGUGAUAAAAUUGAAUAAGAAAAUACUUCUCUUGAAAAUACAGAAUCCGCUUAACCUUAAUAUGGAUAAAUCAAUAUAUCACAUGACAUGAUGACUAAUUAUAUUAAGAAUAAUGAAAUCUUUUCUUAAUAGUUUUAACAACCAUUAUGUGAAAUGUAAUCAAAACAUACUAUUAUAUAGUGAAAACAAGCCUUAGUUUUUAAAGAAAUAAUAAACCGGCAUUUUAUUAGAAUAAGAAGUUGAAAAUUAAGUCUCAAAAGUGUAAAAUGAACUCAUUAUUUAACCAACUGAAGGACCUUAAACUAAUUUCUAUUGUAUUAAAGAAACAGGUGGAAAAAUAGGAAGACAUUCUAGCAAUUAGAUUUUAAUAUUAGAAGAAAGUAUUAGUCGAUUUCAUGCAGAAAUUGUUUUUUAAAAUGAAGAAGUAAGAAUAAUGGUUAUAGGGAUAGUUCUUCAUAAAAGAUAUUGGAUCAACGACUGGAACAUUUAUAAAAGUAGAGAGUAAAUUAGAAUUACAAAUAGGGAUGAUUAUUGAAUUGGGUAGUAAUCAAUUUGAGAUUUAGUAAUUGAGUAUGAAUAAUCAAAUAGUUGAAGUAAAGAAAUGCAUAUGGAAAUGUAGGUUGUCAUGCUAAUAGUUGAAGGAUUGAAUUCAUCUGAGAAACAUAUUAUUGCUUUAAACCUUUAAAAAUGUGUUAGUACAGUAGGACGAAAGUAAACUGCAGAUCUAACAUUUAAUGAAGAUCAUCAUCUGUCAAAUAUACAUGCAAAGAUUUGUUUAAUAGAUGGACGUGUCUAUUUAGAAGAUAUGGGAUCUACAAAUGGGUAAUUAAAUAAAUAUUAAUGGAAUAGUUCUUGGUUAAGAUUAUCAAAAGAAGGAUAAUUUUCUUAGUUAUAUCCAUUAUAGAAUCAAACAGUUUUCAAAAUAGGAACUACUUCUACAUAUUUAUGUAAAAGGACUUCUUAGUUAAUUACUGAUAAGAGUAGUGAAAAUAGUUGUAUUAUAUGUAUUGAGAAUGAUCGUGAUGCUCUUUAUAUGCCAUGCAAACAUAACACAGCUUGUUUGAAAUGUAGCAAGAAUUUGAAAGAUUGCCCAAUUUGCAGAACUAAAAUCCAAGAUGUUAUUAGGAUUUACAAAAACUGA